AUGUUACCAGAGUGCCUCUCUGAGACUGGACAAUACAGGGACAUGUCCAAAAUAAAGAGGCUGCUGCAGUGCAGACAAGAUGAAGUGAGAUCUGUGUACCAUGAAGUGGAGCUUGUGGAUGUCAUCUUAACAAUGUGUCACAAACUUGAGGAACAUGUGACAGUUGAUGUUGCUGACUUGGAGAACAAAAAACAGGUCAACAUUGAGAUGAUGCCCUUGGACCAUUUCAUGGAGGUUCAUCCAUUUGACCAGAUGCCUUCAGAAAAAGCUGGUAUUGUGACUUACUUCAACCUCAGUAAAGAUAUCAAAGAUAUGGCGGAAGUGUUGUACACUUUCAGAGAGAGUUAUAUAUUCAAAUUAUGUUGGGAUGAACAUGCAAGAGACCUGGCAGCUGAAGAAAUGGAGGAUGAGGAGUCUGUUGAGCAGCAAGAGGACUUCAUGGUAACACCUGAAGUGAUUCAUGACAAUAUUUUCUUGGCUUGCUUUGAUGAGUACAAAGACAUCUACACUCGUCUGAAGGAUGGCAGUAUAGCGCUUGAAGAGGUCAAUCAGCUUUUUGGAGCCUACAAAGGCAAGUAUGAUGAUCUAAAACAGGAACUGGACAUCAUGUGCAAAGUUGAUAAAUCAGUUGAGAAGCAGUGGAUCCACGGCAGAGUCGAACAGAUUGAACAGUAUCAUGAGCUUCAUCUGGCUGUGGCCUCAGCUGAAGUUAUCAUGAAGGUCAAAGAGACGCUUGGUCUUCAAGGUGACUUUGGAGUUUUGGAAACACUCACAGAAGUUAUCCAUGCAGACUUUCAAAAAGAGCCACUGAGUCGAAUAGAUAACAAUUUGAUGCAGGCAAAGAUGGUUCUGGUGGACAUUACAGAAUCCCGCAGACAGUGUCUGGAGGAGCUGGCACUCAGACGACACUUUGUAAAGUGGGUGAAGGACGCCCUUGAAGAUAUUAAUGAGUUGAAGGUGUUUGUUGACCUGGCCUCCAUUUCUGCGGGGGAGAAUGACAUGGAUGUGGAUCGAGUGGCUUGCUUCCAUGAUGCCGUCCUGGGCUACUCUUCAGUGCUUUACGAGCUGAAACCCGACUCUGGUUUUACUGCCUUUAAAGAAGUGCUCAAGAAGCUCUGGAGAGCUUUUGAGAACGACGGAAACCUACCAAAGAAACUGCGUGACAGUUCGUGCCAUCUGAAAUGGCUGAAGACUGUGAAGGACAAUUACGGCUCAGUGGAGCUAUCCUCGCUCUCAUUAUCAUCAGCUAUUGACAAAAAGCAUGAUUCAGAAAACGUUUUGGACACCACAGCGCUGCUGCGGAGCUGUGUGCAGAGUGCAGUGGGCAUGCUGAGGGACCAAGAGGAAAGUGUCUCCCGCAGUACUCGGAGAGUUUUGAUCCUACUGACUCUCCUAACUGAUGAUAAUGAAAUAACGAGUGAAUUUCUACAAACGAUGAAAAAGCAUCUGCACUCACUGUUGGAGAGUCAUGAUGGAAACUCAUUCUCAUCCAUGAAGAGCUACUGGGUCUUCAAGGAGGCCUCAAACAUUGAUGCCUUACAAGAGGGAGGCAGUUUGAGGAACACACUGUGGAAACAUCUUCAGGCUGUGGUUGUACCAAUCUUGGCCCAUCUAAUUUCAAUCAUCGACCAGGAACAAAACAUGAACCUCCUGCUUGAUAGAAACUGCUGUGAAUCUGUGAAGAGACUCUGGUUGGAUAUGUUUAGCAAUGAAAAGUUGCUGAAUAUCUCACACCAAGCAAUAGACCGCAACUCUGAGACGAGAACAAUCCUUGUUCAGACUCACAUGAUCCAAGACGGGAAAAUGGGCUGCAGCAUGCCGUUCAGCUGGAGAAUUAAGGACCAUCUGGAGGAACUCUUGGUUCAUGCGCUCCAACAUGAAGGACAAACUCAGCAAGAGUUUGUUCAGUUCUUCUGGAAGACUCCGCUGGGACACUUCAUUGAGAAAGCAGAUCCAGAUAUGCAGACAGAGUUUUAUCAACGCUACCUUCAGGAUUUCAUCUCUAUGUCAAUGAGUGUGACCUGUCAGGAAGAUCUUCAGCUCCUCCGUGGCGCCUUGAAUUGUUGUGUCAGUGAGCUGCGAUUGAAGCGAAAUGACACCGAAACGGUGAUAUCUCUUCCGUGGGUCCAUUCUGCAUAUCAUGAGUUCAAAAACCGGCUGCAGAACCUCUCAAGAAUGAUGUGUCUGCAACCUCAGGUGACCAAAGACCUGCUGGGAAAUAAACACGCCAGCGAUAGUGUCGAAAUGGCUGUCGAUGUGUAUGCUGCUUUUGCAUGUUUGGAGCACCUUGAGCCCAGAGUUCUGGACACAGAUGCUCAAAGACAAGCCUGGCUCAGGCAGGUGAAAAAACUCCAGGUUCCCAUAGAGCUGAUCUGUUCAGAGGACAGCGUGAGAAACUACGGAGAGAGGAGCAAGAUGAUUGUCAAGAGGGUUCAAUCUGGCUGGAAUCGCAUAUUUUGUCUCUCUCUGUUUGUGGAGCACAUGCUCCUGGGAAUUGAGGUGUUGGAGGGGAAACUGACACCUGUAGUUUUGGAGCAUACACGACGCCUUGGCCAGAUCCUGGAGAAAGAUUCUGACCUCAAAACUCAGCAGACCUUUGAGGCAGUAAUUGGUUUGCUGAAAUCCUGCAAAGAUGGAGCUGUGGAAAUAAUCUUCAGGUCUGGUUCAUGGCUGUGUCCAGUGUGUGUGACAGACCCCCAAGACCCCCUUCGCCUGCCUUGUGAACACAUCUUCUGUCUAGUCUGUAUCAAGCAGUGGCUGGUCCCUGGUCAGAUGUAUUGUCCUCUCUGCAUGCAGCCAGUCGACGAUGACUUACACAUGAUUCCUUCAGAUGACAUACGGAUUCAAGUCACCCAACAAGCUCAGUUCAGGAAGCAGUGCAACGCCUUCUUCAUAGACUUAGUGUCCACUGUGUGCUUCAAGGACAACUCUCCUCCCAGUCCAGCUGUCAUUUGUCAUUUGUUGUCCUUCCUCAUGGUGGAGGCCAACAAUGUGCCCCUCUUCAAAGGUAAUACACAAAUGCUGACAAAAGUGAUCUCUCCUUUUGAUGACUCUGUGGAUAGAAACCCAGUGGUUCGCUCAGUGGUCCUCAAACUCUUGCUGAAGUACAGCUUUGAUGAUGUUAAAGAAUAUCUGCAGCAGCAUCUCAUGGAAGUUCAGACAAGCAUCAUCUUGGAGGAAAAAGACAAGACUGAACUCUACUGCUUGUACAUAAACUGCCUGGAGGACUCCAUGUUUGAGAGGUUGCAGUUUAGGUCCAUUGCAGAUAAGCAGGCAUAUGUGCAGGAUGAAAAUGCCUUCUUGACUGACUUCCUGCAAACACAUGACACAUCUGCUACAAAUGCAACUGUAGAGUGUUUGCAGCAGGUGGCCAGAGUUCGCAUGGACCUGGAUCUGACUGCAAGGAUAUUUGUGGAAAAACUGAGAACAGCAGGCUCACAGGAGGGUCAGACUGGAACCAGAGCUUUCCUGGAGACUGUGGGGAACCUUUGCAGGCGGAGUGGAAAUGACUGGUAUCGUGUUUAUUUGAUCCGAAAGAUCUGCAGCCAACAUGGAGUGGAGUUUGUCCUGAAACUCCUCAAAGAGGAUCAGAUGCGUUGGCUCUUCCCUGAAGAACUUGUCCAACAUAAUGAAGAAACGACCCUGAUAGACCAGUAUCUUGUGUACGGUGAAGACUACAAAACUGUCAGAGAGGCUGUUGCAAAAGUAAUCAUGGAUGGCAAAGCAGACGGACUUGAAGAAACUUGUGAGACAUGCAGAUGUCCGCCACAGAAUAAAACAGUUUACCUUCUGUUGGCGCUGUUCAGAGAAGUCACCACUCUCUACAGACAAGCUAAUGCUAGCUUCCAUCCAAAGCCUGAGCUACUGGAAGCUCUGACGUCCUACAUCCAGACAUCCAGAGUCCUUGCCAGCCCAGAGGUGAAGGCCUUUGCCCGGGCUCUGGUGACCAACGAACUGGGGCCUUUGACUCUUCAUUCUCGGCUCUCUGGCAGCAAGAGUGCAUCAGUGGAAAUAACUGUUCACUUAGCUGCUGUCCUGCUCUGUGGAGCCCAGGGGAUCUUAGCACCCCUGCAGCAGUUGGCGAUGGCUCCUGCAAACAUGCUAGCAGCUUUCUUGCCCACCAUGCCUGAGGACAUGAUUGCAGUAGCUCAACAAGUUCUGGGCCAAGUGCGGUGGUACCUUUGUCCAAAUGGCCAUCCCUGCACCGUUGGCGAGAGUGGCAAGCCCAUGGAAACGAGUCAUUGUGUAGAUUGUGGUGCUGUGAUUGGAGGAAACUACAACAGGGCUGUCCAGGGAUUUCAGGGCAUGCUCAUGCAAGGUGACCGCACUCAGAGCGGCCACAUCCUUGGUGACCCACAACGCAGAGACAACCCAGAUAUGCUGGACACAAAGAGCAUUUCCCCAGUUCCCUUCACUGUUAUCCGCAUGCUCACUCACAUGGCCAUGCUGCUCGGUACCUGCAGCCACUUGCAGUUUAUUUCUGCAAUCAUCAAACCUGAAGUUGCUGAUCCUGGAGAAUUUCUUCUUGCACAUCUGGAAAAAGAUGUGGAACAUCUGGCCAGGUCUCUGGGUAAAGGGACUGAUGACACAAUCAGUGCAGUUCAUCUGCUCAUCGGCAGCCUCCUGGGACCCCAACAGCCAAACCAGUGGCCUGCUCCUCACGCCAAUCUGCUCUCCACCAAAGAGGCCAGAAAUGCAUGGGAGGUAGACAUGAGCAACAGCAUCAUCACACCUCAACUAAAGAACUUGGAGAGACAGCUUAAGGAAGUGAAUACAUUCAUUCGUGGAGACUCUCGCCUCUCUGCUAAUCCAGUUGUGAAGCUUGUGUUUGAUGAUCCUCGUCUCUUCUUAAACUCACUUCAUCCGAACUCUCUGAUCCAUUGUUCUGCCGUGUGGAGCUGCAGAGAGAAAGUGUCUCUGCUGAGUAUCACUCACAUUGUGGAGCAGAAUGACGGCAAAUACGCCCUUCCUGUGCUGUGGAGAUUUCUGCAGGAGGAAGCUGACGUGAGACUGGUGAAGCACCUGCCUGACAUCCUCGCACUCCAGAAGGAUCUGAUCAAGAAGUUUCAAAAUACCACUGAGCUGCCGUAUGACACGAUCGCUCAGUUUCUCCUCUGGCAGGCAGAAGCUUCCCUUAAAGCCUGGUAUAAGAAAUACAUAAAAAUCUUCUUAUCAGCGUGGAAUCGGCUCAGAGGGUCUCUGGCAACAAACGGUGAAAUUAAAAUCCCAGAUGAGUUCUGCCAGAAGGACCUGGACAUGAACAGUGACUUCAGGGUGCUGUUACCACGGCGACAAGGUCCAGGCCUGUGCUCCACGGCCCUCGUCAGCUACCUAAUAACUCUGCACAACGACCUUGUUUACUCUGUAGACAGGCUCACCGGAGAGGAGACCAGCUACAAAGUGAGCCCUGCAGAUCUGACUGACCUGCAUGUGAUUCGUUAUGAGAUUGAGCGAGAUGUGAUGCCCCUGGUUCUGUCAAACGUCCAGUACAGCAUCAAGAAGGGCCAGGAGACCCUUUAUGAGUACGAUUUACCCAGGAUCCAGCAGCAGAUCAUCUCCCGCUUCCUCCUGGGAAAACCUCUCAUUACUCUGAACGGCAUUCCGACACUAGUGAAUAGACAUGACCGCAACUAUGAGAUUAUCCUCAGGGAUGUAAAAGAAAAAGUGAGACAAGAGCCUCUGCAGACUCUCACCCUGGUUUCUGUGGCUGGAGAGCUGCAGUCCUACAGCGAGGUGUGUGAAGCCCUGUCCACGCUGGAAGUGGCCCUGGGCUUCCUUGCCAUGACUGGGGGAGAGCCUGAGAUGCAGCUGUCCAGCUACCUGGAGGAGGUGCUGCAGAUGGGAAACCAGAUGGCUCAGCAUAUCGUCAAGGCCUUGAGCAUGUGUUGUGUAAAGCAUUGUGUGGCGCUGUGGCAGCUACUGGCCUCACUCAAAUCAGAAAAUAUGCUCUGUCUCAAGAGAGAUCCAUUUGUGGGAGUUUCAGAGAAGUACAAAGAGCCUCUGAGUGAUGAAGAUCAGCGGCUGCUGAUUGAUUUCUUCUCUAAAAACAGUGCUGACAGUUUCCUGCUGGAGAUGCACGAGUUCCUGGUGCUGGUCCUCAAAACGCCCAACGCUCCUGAUACCUACAGACCCAACUGGGGCUUAAAGGAAACGCUGAUGCCUUACAUGGACCAGAAAGACGUGGACGUCCCCCCAGACGUGGAGGAGCUCUUCCCAGAGAAGAUCUGCCUGUCCCACUACGUAGAAGCCUGGAAGUUCAUAGUCACCUUCAAGAAGGAACGUGGGCAGAGACAAUGAAGACCAAACACAAAAAUAGCUCUUUUGUCUGCCUUCGUUAUUUCCUGUGAUUCAAACCCUCGGAUACAGUUUGUCUUGAACUGCACGACUGACGUAUCAUGUAUUUGCACGUAUUUAUGCUGAAGACAUGUGCCUUUAAAAGGUCUGAGUGCCACAGAAUAAGCGUGUAGUUAAUCGGAAAAAAAAUGUGAAUGUUUGAUGUUUUGUCUUAUUGUUUUCUAUAAGAAUCAACACGUACAAAGGUUAUGUGCUGUUGAUUUGUAUUUGGCUUGCACUUCUUUACUCACAAUGUGAAUUGAAAAACAAACAAAAAAAAUCUGUUUUUGCUCAGGUACGAAAUGUGGAUUAGAUGUGGUGUUGACAAAUGAGACUGCUCUAUUAAGCUCUCAAGAAUAAUGUUUCUCAAUCAUUUUUGUCAUUUGCAUCUUAAAUCAGUGUUUACUGAGCAUUUCUCCUUCUGCUAUUCUGUCAGAUCUCAUUUGUUUUUGUGCCUUUAUUCCAUUUUUAUAUUUGCUGUUCUGCAUUCCAGGUUUUUGACUUUGUUUCUUUUUUUGUAACUAUUCUUAAGAUUAUGUCAUAGUAAAACAUACUUUCAUUUAUACAUUUAUUCUUUUUUUUGUCGGUGGAUGGUAAUGUAUGCGGAUAUCAAUAAAUCAUGUAUGCUUU